UGUGUGUGUGUGCUUGUGUGUCUUCAUAUGCAUGUGUGAGUGAGUGAGUGAGUGAGUGUACGUGUGUGUGUAUGUGUGCAGUCGCAGAAAAACAUCCACCGUCUCUUAUCACCUUCUUCGGCGACUAUCUCACCGCUCCGCUAGGACGUCUCCCUUUCGCUCGUUAAAACCUCAAGAGAUCCGAGGCGCACACCGACGCCGACGCCGACGCCGCCGCCAUGCUGCAACAGAUCCUGAAGGACAUGUACAUCGAGCCCGACCUGCUGGAGGCGCUGAACGAGGACCAGAAGAAGACGCUCUUCCAUAAGAUGAGGCAGGAGCAGGUGCGGCGCUGGAAGGAGCGCGAGGAGGAGGAGGAGGAGGAGGAGGAGGCGCACAGACCCAAACCCAAAACAGGAAACAGUAAAAGUGUGAGCUGGCUUCUAGGCCGGGACGGAGAUGUGCAAGUGAUUGUGAUUGGAGAGGUGGAUGAACUGAAGUCCAAACUCAUCUAUACUGGGCUGGGAGAACGGAACACUUCAAGUCUGUGCAACAAUUCACGCAUCCAGGCGGCCACGUGUAAGAGCACCUUGAUAAACAGAGCACCCACAGACUCCGUGCGGUCAGGGAGAGAGAACCAUCCACCCAGAGCACAAGCUGGAAUACAGUUAAAUUUGAAGGACAACACCGAGGAAGUGAGGACAUCACCCCCUCUGCAGGUUGCAACCAGUGAGCUGAAGCCGUCUAUAGACAGUGCCCCUCCUCAGCCACACGAGUCACAGGAGGAUGUCACAGAUUCUGGCCACACCACGGAUGAUGCCCCAGCCUCCCCGCCCCCCGUCUACCGGCCGCACCUGCGACCUGUCUCCAUGGUGACGCCCUCAGCGUACCUCAGCGCCGCCUCCUUGUUGAGGGCUCCAGACAGGAGCGGCAGUGGCAGCAGUGGCAGCAGUGGCAGCAGCAGCAGUGCCCUCCUGGGUGGCAGCAGCAGUGGCAGCAGUGCCCUCCUGGGUGGCAGCAGUGGCAGCAGUGCCCUCCUGGGCGGCAGUGGCAGCAGUGCCCUCCUGGGUGGCAGUGGCAGCAGCAGUGGCAGCAGCGGCAGCAGUGCCCUCCUGGGUGGCAGCAGCAGCAGUGGCAGCAGUGGUAGCAGUGCCCUCCUGGGCGGCAGCAGUGCCCUCCUGGGCGGCAGCAGCAGCAGUGGCAGCAGUGGUAGCAGUGCCCUCCUGGGUGGCAGCAGUGGCAGUAGUGCCCUCCUGGGUGGCAGCAGCAGCAGCAGUGCCCUCCUGGGUGGCAGCAGCAGCAGCAGAGGUAAAGAGUUCCGGGUGGGUGCAGCAUCUAAGCGCGGCGUGUCCGUAGACCAGGUGGGUGGAGCAGCCGCACCGUCAGCGCCAGCAGCGCCAGCAGCCCCAGCGGGGGCAGAAGCAUGUGUGGGGCGUGGCCGCGUGGCCCAGCUCAUGAAGACCUUCAGCGUGUGCGGGGAGACGCCCACAAUCACCCCUGCCGGCUCUCAAACAGCCCAAGCAGGGCGCUCCACCAAGCCCCCCAUCGCGACCAAGCCCGGCCACUUACGCCUCCAGCAGUCUGCCUCACUCAGGUAAUCAGCCCAGAGAUGGAGCACCGGCUCCAGCCCCAUCCAGGACCAGACACCUCCAGGACCAGGCCCCUCUAGGCAGGCAGGCAGGCUGUGUGGGCCUGCGGAUGGGACGCUGGGGGUGGUCAGCGGCCUCGUUCUCUCAGGAAUCUCUCCAGCCCUCGGACUGUCUGACUGCUUCUCUCGAAGCUGGCAAAUGCAACUCCAUUCAGCUUGUAUAUGUUGUUAUUAUUGUUUUUAUUAUUACUAUUGUUAUUAUUGUUUUUUAUUUACAUUUUGGUUUGACUAUGCUGGACAUUCUGUCAGCAGAAAUGACGUGCCAAAGAAGUGGGGGUUGUCCAUGAUUUUUGUUUUUUACUCACAGGGAUAUUUUCUGACCGUGUCAUGUCAUAAAACUGCAUCAGUGUAAUCAGUCUGACAAUCGCUUCUAAUCUGCACUCUCAUCUGUAUGCUAUUUUUGCCACUGGGUGUGGAUAGUUGAGGGGAAUCGAUACUCCUGCCCUCUCAGUUCCUUCGAAGAACAAAGACUGGAGCAGAGGUGGAGCAUAUCAGGUGCCUGGGUUCCAGAAAAAGCAGCUCUCUCUGGUGAGAGGAGGGGGUCCAAAAAAAAAGCUCCUGUCUCACUUUUAAGAACUAAAAAGUACAAUCAGUGUGUUUUGCGUGGCCAUCCAAAAAAAAAAGUAGAUAACGAGGUCAUUUGAAAACGAAAUAUUUUUUUAGAAGCCAUACAACGUUGUUAAGCAGACAUUGCAAAGGAGUCCUCAAAGAAGGUACUUACCAGAUACCUUUACAGAUUGUGUCUGAAGAGAACCAGUGGAUGUGCCAGGCCUGGAAAGACAGUUUCCUCCACCUGUGACUUCACCUGUCUGAAGGCAUGGCUCUCAUGUCCAGAAGUGCAUUGCAAGUGUCUGAAAGCUUUGAUUUUUUUUUUACUUUUAUUGUUUACUCUUUAUUUUUGUUUCAGUAACACGCCCCCAGUGGCACUUCUUCCAUCUUAACUUCUACAUUUUCCUCCAUCAUAGUGAUUGCCAACUCAGAGGGGAGCUCAAAAACAUCACCAUGUUCAGUAUUGUUUGUGUUUGUAUAACUGCACUGUUGGUGUCCUUUUUCAUGAAAAUAUAUCUGACUUAAGCACAUCUGACUUAAAGAGACUUUCAGACUG